AUGUUACUGUUCCUAUUAUGGUUCACUGCAAUAAAAACUCUAACGUGUUUCUCUACCAAUGACAUUAUAUUGUCGGAGAAAGUUCCUAUACCAGAAGACGAUCCAGUAUUUAUGGACAUACCCCAAAUCAAUAGCUCGGACAGAAUCGUGGGUGGCCAGGAAGCUUCCAUCGAAGAGUAUCCUCAUCAAGUCUCAUUCAUUGUCAACAAUUCUUACUUUUGUGGUGGAUUUAUUGUUAGUGAGCGCUAUAUAAUAACUGCAGCGCACUGUGCUCAGAACGUUGACCCUAGCACAGUAGUACUCAGAGCGGGCAGUUCAUGGCGUCGCAACGGGACCAUUAUUCCCAUAGAAAAAGUUAUACCACAUCCUGAAUAUAACAAUCCAGCAUUUGACAAAGAUGUUGCCGUCAUGAAAACAGUGGAACCCAUGACGUUUGGAGAAACCAUGCAACCGAUAUCAUUGCCACCGCUGAACAGACAGAUGAAGGGCGGAACUGAUAUUUUGGUCAGCGGAUGGGGUAGGACGCAGCAAGGUGCCGCUUCAAUUCCUGAGCGUUUAAUGGAUGUCCAGAUUCCAGUGGUCAACUUUUUGCAAUGUCGCCUGGUUUAUUAUAAUGUAUUGACCGAAAAUGAAUUCUGUGCUGGUAAUUAUUUCCUCGGAGGCCAAGGCACAUGCCAGGGUGAUUCUGGAGGUGCUGCCACACAAGAAGGCAUGGCUGUGGGCAUAGUGUCGUAUGGUCGCGGAUGUGGACAGCCUCUCAGUCCAAGUGUGUUCGCUGAUAUUGCAGCACCUGUUAUUAGGAACUUCAUUAAAGAACAAACAGAUCUGUGAUUCAUUGUAAUCAUCACCAUAAUUAGAAUAUAU